CAACGCCAUCAAACUGCAAAGAUGAACUGGUUUGGAAUAACGUCGAUCUUCGAAUUAUGCACGGUUUGACCCUUAAUGUGUUUUAUAGAACGCAAUAAAUAUCCCCUGUAAAUAUGACAGAGGGGUCAAAAUCAGUAGAACAAUGGCUUGAAGGUUUAUCUGGUGUGCAUGAGGGGCAUACAAAACAAAAUUUUAAGAAUUGUUCAACAAAUAGUGAAACUACAUCUUAUCUUGGCGAUUCAUAUUAUCCAUUUCCGUCAAGAACCUCUAAAUGGAACAUAUCUUGUUUGGAAUCACUAGGAAUUUUCUACAACAAAAAAUACCAUGAUUCACCCCAAGACCUCCUGAACAUGAUUUUCGAAGAAACGGGUGCCUUUCGGCCAGUUUCAGAGGAGCAAAAGUGCAAUGCCACAGAUAUAAAGAAACGUAUGACUUUCAAUUUUCCUAUAAGUGAUAUCGUUGAUAUGUUAACAGACAAAGAAAAGGUUACAUUGAACAACGGAGAAUCAUUCUUUCCAGAGAUAGAACAUGAUAUUGAUAAAUGCUCAUCUGCAGACAUUAGAGAGUUUAUUUUUAGUUGCCAGUUAAUGCUUUCCUGCAGAGCAGCCUUCUUUUAUGACUGGCGAGAGAAUAUUGAACCAAAGGAUAUGUUUGUCCAAAUGUUGGAGAAAUUUGCAAGGUUGUGUCAGUUAAUAGCAGUGCCAGGUUCAGCAUGUUCUGCAAAAAAAACCAUCAUGACAUUGCAGAAUGUUUCAGUUACAUCACAGGCUGACCUUGUUAUGAUUCCAGAAAAAUAUCGUCGAGGUGCAUUUUCAGCUUGUGUUAGUGCAACAUGUGUUGUAUCUGUAGUUGAGGUCAAUAACUUAAAUCAUAAAAAGUCAGAGGUGGAAAUGAAAAAGGCUGCACAGCAUGGGAGGUCAUCAACUGAAGCUGGUGAAAUGGAAGGCUCUGAAAAACCACAGAUUUACACAAAAGUUCAUGCAGACAUUCUUGCUCAACAUGGUGGUGAUCUUUUAAUUCACAGACAACUUUAUUGUAGUACUCUAUCCAGUAGCACAACCACUUUAUAUCUUCCAGGGAUGGUUGUUGUUGGAUCUGAGGUAAUUUUUACUCUCCUGAAAAUACUUAGAAAACAUGUAAUGCAGCUAAAAGAACAAAGAGACACAACUUUAAGAGCAACUAUUUAUUACUCAAAGCCUAAAGAUAUGCUAAAAAAGGAAGAUAGAGAUGAACUAAUAGAAGCCUUAACACGGAUAAGCAAUGUUUAAUUUCAAACACAGGAAUUAAAGUAUUUUUUGGAGUAAUGAAAAGUUGCUAUUCAGACUAUAAACAGCUAUUGUACAUUGUUGCUAGGUUUUAGGCUGGGAUUUUACAGCCUUAUGUUACUGCUGCAAGAGAUAAAGGCUUUAAGGUUGCAAAGGAUAUAUUGUUAAUAAUAUUCAAGUAAAAAUGAAUUCUAAUUUGCAAGAAAACCAAAAUUAUGAAAAAAAAGAAUGACAAAUGCUUAUUCAAAGGACAAUUUCGGCCAGAUCAAAUAAGCAGUUCAGUGGUGCAUAUACAGGAAUCAUAAAUGUUAUGGAAGCAUAGACUAAUUUGAUAAGCAGGUUGAUGUCAUCCAAUUUGUUUUUAUCAAUAUUGUCAUUAGGUUGUUAUAUAAUCUAAACAAGCAUACCUCAACUAUGUCAGAUUUUUUUUCUUGGAAAAAUACGGUAAUUGAAGUUUUAUUACAAUAAAUAAUUUGAGAAUUAAAAAUAAAUUGAAUUGAAGCAUGUC